CUCACGUACACCGAGUGGUCGGAAUUGUACGGAGGAAAAAAAGUUGAAUCAGCAGAAAAUGAGCACAUCAAAUUUAAGCGUCUUCCAUUCGACCACUGUUGCAUUACAAUGGGGCCUUUCGAUACGCCCUACUGUGAUGUUGAUGGUAAUGUUUUUAGCUUGGAGGCGAUACACGCUUUUAUCAAAACAUUCAAAGUGAAUCCAAUCACCGGCAAAUCUCAGGAUGCUAAGAUCCUAGUGAAACUAAAUUUUCAUAAGAACGCUGAAGGUGUAUAUCAUUGCCCGGCGCUUUUUAAACCAUUCACAAAAAAUUCACACAUUGUGGCGUUGGCCACUACCGGCAAUGUUUACUCUUGGGAAGCUAUUGAACAGCUAAACAUAAAAACCAAAAAUUGGAAAGACCUCGUAGAUGAUUCGCCAUUUCAGCGCAAAGAUAUAAUAACUAUUCAGGAUCCGCACCAUUUAGAAAAGUUUGAUAUUUCGCGUUUUUAUCACAUACGAAAAAAUCUUCGCGUUCUCUCUGAAGAAGAGCAGCUGGAACGCAAAGACCCAACCAAACGUAUUAAAACUAUGAAUUUGGAAACUAAAGAAACACUAGCACAGCUGGAGAAAGACUACCAGCCACCAGAGGAAGCACCAACUACAAGCAAACGUAUAGCGGAUAAGUUCAAUGCAGCACAUUACUCAACUGGAGCUGUGGCAGCAAGUUUUACCUCGACAGCUAUGGUACCAGUUUACAACCAUGAGGCGGCAAUAAUCGAAGAUGAUUUAGUAAAGUACGAACGUGUAAAGAAGAAAGGCUAUGUACGUCUACAAACAAAUUUUGGACCACUAAAUUUUGAAUUGUAUUGCGAUGCAGUUCCUCGUGCUUGUGAUAACUUUAUACGACAUUGCAGUGAUGGAUAUUAUAAUAACAUCAAGUUUCAUCGCUCCAUACGAAACUUUAUGAUACAAGGUGGUGAUCCCACUGGAACUGGUACUGGUGGCAAAUCUAUUUGGGGUAAAAAGUUUGAAGACGAAUUCAAACCUAAUCUGUCGCAUUCAGGCCGUGGUAUGCUCUCUAUGGCUAAU